UUCACAUUCUGCAUGGGGUAUAUUAAUCUGUACACUACCGAUCUAGUGUUCGAUUCCACCGAAGCAUGAACAUCGCUCUAGGUCUGUUAACCCAUUCUAGAAGGAAAAAAAGAAACAAAAUUCCGUGUACGUGUUGAUGGACUACUGGAAUACAUUGGAACCAGGUAUACGUCAGGUGUUGUUUCUCUGGAUUGUAACCAUUACAUGUACAAGAAAGAUUCGAAUCCGUGAUCGAGAGGCAUGAUGGCAGACCCAACACACCCGACGCUGUUUCGACCUGUUCCUCUGGACAGACAAUCAAUCGUUCUUGAGGGAGAAGAGGGCAUCCAUAUAUCUCCGAAGAUUGAGCACAGAGGUAAGGAAUGCAUCUUUGAUCAACUCAUAGCCGAUCACGCGAACACGGCCUACGAAGCAUUCUUACGAGGAGAAAAAGUAUCAAACGAUGGGCUUUGUCUAGGAUGGAGGCCGAGUGGAUCUGAACCAUACAGCUGGAUGUCAUACAGCGAGGUUCGCAAGAAGGCGCAGUGUUUUGGAUCGGCUCUCCUGGAGAAGGGAUUCCAUCCAUCUAACGAAUCCAAAAUCGGUAUCUUCAGUCAAAAUCGACCGGAAUGGGUCAUUUCUGACUUGGGCUGUUCUUCUUACUCGAUGAUAAGUGUGCCGCUUUACAGCACACUAGGACCAGAUGGGUAUGAAUACAUCAUCAAUCUCACUGAAAUGAAGCUCAUUGUAGUCGAUACCAUGGACAAAGUGAAUAGUCUGUUGGAUCAACGCUCCAAAUUACCAACCAUCAAGCACGUGGUCGUCAUGGAAAGACCAAUCACAGACGAGAUCACAGAAAAGGCGGGGAAAAUGGACAUUGACGUAGUCACUUUUGAAGAUUUCGUAGCAGCAGGCGAGCGGAACAUGAAAGACCCGUUUUUGAUAAAGGAUCCGGGCAAACCAGACGAUGUGGCCGUUAUUCGAUUUACAAGCGGCACGACAGGUACUCCCAAAGGAGCGAUGAUCUCACACGCUAACAUUGCGACUAGUCUCACCAGCCUAUACAUAGCAUCAAAGACCGCCUUCUCCUACAAGCCUGGAUCGCGCUAUAUAUCUUAUCUUCCUCUUGCCCAUGGGCUUGAACACAGUGCACAGGCACUGUUAUUUCACUUCGGCUGCUCGAUUGGCUUCUUCAGAGGUGACCUGAAAGAGUUAUUGGACGACAUGCAGGAACUCAAACCAGACGCCUUUGCCAUCGUACCGCGGCUAGCCAACAAGCUUUUUGACAAGAUCAUGCUGAAAGUGAACAUUGCAUCUUAUCUCAAGAGAAGUCUCUUCAGCUGGGCAUUUAACGCGAAGAAACAUGAAGUGGACAAAGGAAUAUUUAGAAACAACACUUGGUAUGAUACUUUUGUCUUUGGAAAGAUCCAGGCUCUACUGGGUGGGCGAGUUCAGUGGAUGGUCACUGGAAGUGCCCCUAUAUCUGACCAGGUUAUGACCUUCCUCAGGGUUGUCUUUGGCUGUACGGUCACAGAGGCUUAUGGUCAGACGGAAGCAACCUGCGCGUCAACCUUUACGCUGCCGAAUGAGACCGCGAGUGAGCACGUAGGCUCUCCCUUAACAAACGUCAUGAUCAAGCUGGUGGAUGUAGAAGAGAUGGGUUACCUGGCAUCUCAGGACAAAGGGGAGAUUUGCAUGAAAGGUCCAGGCGUCUUCAAGGGUUACUACAAGAACAAAGAGAAGACCGACGAAACCAUCGAUUCAGAUGGCUGGUUGCACUCGGGGGACAUCGGGGAAUGGCUUCCAAACGGGGCACUGAAGAUCAUCGAUCGCAAGAAGAACAUUUACAAGUUAUCUCAGGGAGAAUACGUUGCUCCUGAGAAGAUCGAGAACGUCAUCAUGAGAAGCUCCCUGGUCGCACAGGCUUUCGUUUACGGAGAAAGUCUCAAGUCCUAUAACAUCGCCGUCAUUGUUCCGGAAGAGGAAGAACUCAAGAGAUUUGCAGAGAACAACGCCAUCAACGGCACAGUGGUAGAGCUUUGUGAGAAUGAGACGGUACGAAUGGCUAUUCGGGAGGAUGUCGAUAAACAAUGCGUUGCUGCAAAUCUUUGUGGCUUCGAGAAGGUGAAAGAAUACAUCCUUCAUCCCGAGCCCUUCUCCGUAGAGAAUGGACUUCUCACACCAACCUUCAAGAAUAAACGAGCCGCCAUCAAAGCCAAAUUCAAAGAGGAGAUAGAUCAUCUUUACUCAAACCUCAACUAGAAG